CAGACAGGAUGAGGCGUGUUCCGGUCUGCUCCCUCCUGGCGCUGGCACUCCUCGUCGGCUGCUCGUCCGCCACCUACGGGAACGGCGGAGCUAGCGGCGGAGGCGGGUUCGCAGGUGGUGGAUGCUCCGGCGGUGAUUGCGGAGGCUCAGGAGGCUAUGACGGAGGAUCGGUCGGAGGAGGUGGAUGCGCCGGAGGUGGGUGUGGAGGAUCGUCUGGUGGAUACUCUGGUGGAUCAGCAGGAGGAAUAGGUGGUGGAUUCGGUGGCGGCGAUUCUUCUAGUGGAAUUGGAGGUGCAUUUGGAGGAGGUGGAGCUGGGGGGGGAUUCGGUGGAGGAGGAUCCUCUGGUGGAUAUUCCGGAGGAUCUUCUGGUGGAGUUGGAGGUGGAUUCGGUGGAGGAGGAUCCUCUGGUGGAUAUUCCGGUGGAUCAUCGGGUGGAAUUGGAGGAGGAUUCGGUGGAGGAGGAUCUUCUGGUGGAGUUGGAGGUGGAUUCGGUGGAGGAGGAUCCUCUGGUGGAUAUUCCGGUGGAUCAUCUGGUGGAAUUGGAGGUGGAUUUGGAGGAGGUGGAGGCUCCUCCGGUGGAAUCGGCGGUGGGCAUGGAGGGGGGACCGGCGGUUCCCUUGGCGGGUACCUUCCACCUUCAAGGAGGUAAUCCUCCUGAAAGCCUUCUCGUCCACCUGAAGAGAAGUACUGGUCAUGUGGUAAAGUCGCUAACUUCUGUAAGUUUAUUUGAUAUGUUUCGUGUCAUUCAUCAGAGAGAGCAAUGCUCAAAUAUUUGUUUGAUAAAGUAAGUACGACUUGUCCCAUUUAUCAAAAGGUACUGUAUAAAAUAAAUCCGUUGUGUAUUCCCUGAUAUGGCAAAAAUAAAUAAAUAUAUUAUAUAAAAGCGA